AUGAGUUCUGAUCCGCCGCAGCCAGCCUUCUUGCGGCCGAUUUUACCACGAACCGAACUGUUGCCACGAAGGCCGCCCAUGAGGAAUCUUCCGCCGCGACGUCCUGUGGCCCAGGUGGCAUGCAAGAGCUGCAGAAGAGCCAGAAUCAAGUGCAACGGCGCGCGACCAAGUUGUUCCGCUUGCGAUCGCAAGAAUCAAGAAUGCAUCUACCGCGCAGAGACCGGCGAGUCAAGCAACGCAGCCCUGAGACGACGGCACCGUGAAGACAAAGAGGAGCUUCGCGUUCUUCGUAGCUCCCACAACGCUCUGCGACGGGUCGUAACUGCCCUCCAGACCUUUAAAGAGGAUGAGGCCGCAGCGAUUCUCCGACGCCUUCGUGAGAGCCAAGACCCUAUGGCAGUCGCCACGCAGCUCGAGGGAGGUGCUUUGCUGCUCCAGCUUCGCGUUGCCCCGAGACAAAGCUUCGCUUCAGUUUACCCUCCCGCCGCGAUAUGUCGAGAGCGACAACCCCUACCUCGCCUCAGUGCUCUACGAGAGAGCGAGAAGGACGCUAGCCAGCAACCACCGGACCUAGACCGGCCCAUUCGGUCUGUCGGUCUGGGUUCACGAGGGCUUGUGGUCGACACCUAUGUGCGAUUGCUAUCCGACUUCACGGAAGAUAUCGAGAAUAGCGUGCCGACUCCGAAGGCGCCGCCCAUUCUUGCCGUCCUCUACUCGUGCUACUCGUGGUGGCGUCGCUUGAGGAACAUUCUCCCACCACAGCUUCAGACAUACUCACGGCAGCUCUACGCCUUCAAGAUGGCUGGCAAGCUGUUGCUACGGUGCUUCUACGCGGCGAGAGUGCUGCAAACCGUCCUGAUCGCAACGGUCUUCGGCUUCUUCGCCGCCGUCAGCUUCACAUGGAUAUGGUGGUUUGCCCGACGCCGUUGCAUCUGGAUUGUAUACCGCUUGGUCAUCCCAUUCGUAUUGAUUUCGCUCAUUGCGCUGAUUUCCACUAGCAUCCCGGCGAUGGAUGAUGCACACUGGUCCCGCAGCGUCCUUAUAGCGACGGCCAUCUUUUCGUUGCGCCGUCAACGCUCAACGCGUUGUCGGGGUUUUCUAACCGGCGGAACUGGGGGGGGGGCGUUCAUGCCGCCCGCCACUGCUGCCACCACCACCGCCACCCUCGUCGCGCGCACGCUCGAGGCUUGGUCGGGACACCAGCAUCUCACUCGCUUUCAAGUCUCUGUCGACUCACACCCCGAUCGUUAUAUUCUGUUUGUCAAAGAGGAAACCGAGAUUGCUUCGGGGACCAUCUGA